AUGGGCUCUGCUGGGCUGCAAAUACUGGGGCUCGUCUUGGUGCUGCUGGGCUGGAUGAAAGCUCUGGUAUCCUGUGCCCUGCCCAUGUGGAAGGUGACUGCUUUUAUUGGCAACAGCAUCGUGGUGGCCCAAGUGGUGUGGGAAGGGUUAUGGAUAUCCUGUGUGGUGCAGAGCACUGGCCAGAUGCAGUACAAAGUGUACAACUCUCUGCUGGCACUGCCCCAGGACCUGAAAGCUGCAAGAGCCCUUUGUGUUGUCACCCUGCUUGUGGCCCUGCUUGGUCUGCUCAUCUACCUUGCCGGAGCCAAAUGUACCACCUGCGUAGUGGACAAGGAUUCCAAGGCCUGUCUGGUGCUCACCUCUGGGAUCAUCUUUGUCCUCUCUGGGAUCCUCACUCUGAUUCCAGUCUGUUGGACAGCCCACACCAUCAUCCAGGACUUCUACAAUCCCUUAGCGGCUAAGGCCCAAAAAUGGGAGCUGGGAGCCUCUCUCUACCUGGGCUGGGCUGCCUCAGGCCUUUUGGUCCUGGGUGGGGGGCUGCUGUGCUACACCUGCCCCUCUGGAGGGUCUCAGGGCUCCAGCCAUUACAUGGCCCGCUACAUAACAUCUGCCCCACAUUCCCCCUCUCGGGGGCCCUCUGAGUACCCCACCAAGAAUUAUGUUUGA